UCUAAAUUAAAAAGGGUGAAUAGGUUUACCCACGUUACACCUUUUAUCGCAAUAACAUGUGAGGUGCUGCAGAGUUCUGUGGACAUGACGCGUGUAUUGUGUCCGACAUGGGGUGAUUGACGAUGAGUGUCAUGUCUAACGUGACAUCAGCCGAGGUGGACGUGGACGGGGUGAAUCUACCCUACACGGUGUGCGAGGUGGUGGUGGCGGUCGUCGCCGUGGUCGGGAACCUCCUGGUGAUCCUGGCGUUUCGCAGGGAACGUCGCCUCCGCCGCAGGACUAACUACUACAUCGUCAGCCUCGCCAGUGCCGAUCUGCUGGUAGGCUUGCUGGGUAUCCCGUGCGCUCUGCUGGCCUCUGUGGGUCUGCCCAAGCACAAGCACGCGUGUCUGUUCACCGUGUCGCUGCUGGUCGUGUUGUGUACGAUCUCCAUAUUUUGUUUGGUCGCCGUCAGCGUGGACCGCUACUGGGCCAUUCUGCAUCCCAUGGGGUACUCGAGGAACGUCCGCACUAAGACUGCGAUAGGUAUAAUCUGUGCCUGCUGGGUUGCUGGCUCGUCCGUCGGGUUCCUGCCUCUGAUGGGAUGGAACAAUGUCCAAGGUGACGUCGCUUCUUGUUUGUUUGAGAGUGUAAUGGCACCGAAGUAUCUGGUGUUCCUCUACUUUGCGACCAUCAUCGGGCCAGCGACCAUCAUGGCGGCCUUCUACGCUCACAUUUACACUGUUGUGCUCAAACAGUUGAAGCAGAUGGUGACGGUGAACGGAAGGUCGGGCGGAACUCACGGCUCUAUGUUACGAGUGCUCGGCGCAGCUCGUAAGAGGGAAGUCAAAGCAACUCAGAAUCUCUCCAUCAUUGUAUUAUUCUUCAUGGUCUGCUGGAUUCCUCUGUACACCAUCAAUUUCUUCCAGUCGUUCUUCCCACCGUGGAAGGCUCCGCAAACCUUGACAAUGUGCUGCAUUAUACUGUCCCAUCUCAACUCUGCAGGUAAUCCCCUGCUGUACGCCUACCACCUGAGGGACUUCCGCAAUGCCCUUAGAUCUCUGCUGUUUGGUCCUCCGGUGGAGAAGGCGGUCGGAAGAUUCAACACGGCUUACCCAGAAACCCCUACAGAACUGAGGGACAGAUUGAGGAGAGCUAACAGUGUGACUUCGCUGUACAGGGCUCAACCUACCAACACUGUGGUGAACAAUGUAUUAAGAGGUCACCGUCGCAGCAUGACUGUGCCAUUGUACAACUCUGAGGGAGGGAUCUACAAGAUAGCUGGAGACACUUAUAGGCUGCCUCAGGCAUUGCUGGAGUUCAACCUGUCUUGUAUAAUGGAAAACUCCCACUCAGAUGAAGCCAGCAAGAGCCUGAGUGUGCUGGGACUCCACGUAACCCAGACAACCCCUGUAGGGUCCGACCCCCUGGACACCUCCAUGGGCUACGUGGAUGACAAGACUCACGACAUCUACAGCCUAGGACUGGUGGAGACCCCGGACACGGACGGGGGAGUUUACAACGUAGCUGACGUAGAGGAUCUGGGAGUCGGGAGUGAGGGGACCCAGAAAUACUGAAUGCUACCUGAUUUUCUUGGCAAAUAGUAUGGAAGUGAACACUUUUUUGCCACCUUAAGUAUUAACUUGAGUUUGAGAUAAAAGACAUGAAUUCAAUCCAAAGUGUUUUGCGUCUGUGCAUUUAAUUGUGAAAAUUAUUAGCUUAAUUACUGUAGUAGACAGUGAUGCAUCAAGGACAGCUGGGUCCAGUUUCAAAUCAAUAAAAUACUCAAAUACACCUCUUGCAGGUUUACACGUUUGUA